AUGUUGCUGUUGUUUUCACUUUUAUACAAGAAACCAGUUUCAAAUUUCUUAUUGCUGUUCAAUACAUUGCUUUUGUCAUGGAUCAUCACUUGGCUGCAUUCACAUUCUCCUGUAGUUGCAGCUACCAUUUUGAGUGGAAAUGAGACAGACAGGGUAGCUUUAUUCGCCAUCAAAGCUCAAGUAACUCAUGAUCCACUUGGGUUAACAAGCUCAUGGAAUGAUUCUCUCCAUUUCUGCAACUGGACUGGAGUCAUUUGCGAUCAACAGCGUCAGAGAGUAAUCACCUUGAACCUUGGCCAUUAUAACUUGGUAGGUUCUCUCUCUGCUUAUGUAGGAAACCUCACUUUUCUUAGAGGUAUCAGCCUUGAACUGAACCACUUUCAUGGUGAAAUUCCGCCAGAAGUUGGCCGCCUAAGUAGGCUCAGAUACUUGAAUUUGUCUAACAACUCCUUUUCAGGAGAGAUCCCAGCCAAUCUAUCUGGCUGUUCUAACCUCAUUUGGCUUCGUUUGGGGUUCAACAAGUUGAUUGGAAAGAUACCAUAUCAGCUUGGGUCAUUGCAGAAGCUUGAGAGAGUUCAGCUCCACUACAACAAUCUUAGUGGACCAAUACCAGCUUCGUUAGGCAACCUUUCUUCUGUUAGGUCUCUGUCCUUUGCAGUUAACAGCUUGGAGGGAAGCAUACCAGAUUCCCUGGGACAGUUAAAGACAUUAAAUUUUCUUGGAUUUGGCGUGAAUCAGUUAACUGGUGUUGUUCCUCCCUCAAUAUACAACCUAUCAUCUAUAACCACAUUUACUUUGCCAUACAAUCAACUCCAUGGAACUCUGCCAUCAAACUUGGGCUUCACUCUUCCUAAUUUGAGCAUCCUGAAUAUUGGUCACAAUCUAUUUACUGGAGCCCUUCCAGCAUCUUUAUCCAAUGCUUCAAAUCUCAUCGAGUUUGAUAUCAAUGGGAGCAAUUUCACUGGGAAGGUUAAUAUUGAUUUUGGAGGCUUACCAGGUCUUUGGUGGCUGGUUCUUGCUUCUAAUCCCUUAGGGAGAGAAGAAGCUGAUGAUCCAGAUUUCUUGAAUUCUUUGACUAAAUGUAGAAAUUUGCAGAUAUUGGAUCUAAGUUAUGACCAGUUUGGUGGGGUUAUUCCUAAUUCUAUUGGUAAUCUCUCAACUGAACUUGUCCGAUUGAGAUUGGGAGGGAAUCGGUUAUGGGGAAGUAUCCCUACCGGGAUCAAGAACCUAGUUAACUUGACUGAGCUAACAAUGCAGAAAAAUAACUUGACAGGCAACGUUCCCACAGUCAUCGGCAACCUCACGCUGCUACGGCUGCUUGAUUUAUCUGAAAAUCAGUUUUCAGGGAAUAUUCCAUCAUCCAUAGCCAACAUACCCAAGUUAUACAAGCUUCAUCUGCAAAAGAACAAAUUUACUGGGAGCAUUCCUUCCAGUUUUGAAAAUCUUAAUUCCUUGCAAGACCUGGAUCUUUCCCAAAAUUGCCUUAAUGGAACUAUACCCAAGAAUGUUAUAGGCCUUUCUUCUCUAACAAUAUCCUUGAACCUAGCUCAAAAUCAACUAAUUGGUACGUUGCCUUCUGAAGUGAGCAAUCUAAAAAAUCUUGGUUACUUGGAUGUUUCAGACAAUCAUUUGUCUGGAGAAAUUCCUAGUGGACUAGGCAGUUGUGUAACCUUGGAACACCUCUACAUGGAGGGUAAUUUGUUUGAAGGAACCAUUCCAAAUUCUUUUAGAUCCCUGAGAGGACUGCAGAACUUGGAUCUUUCAAGGAACAACUUAUCAGGCCAAAUUCCUGAAUAUCUUCAGCACUUUUCCCUUGUGACUUUAAAUUUUUCUUUUAAUGAGUUUGAGGGCGCUGUGCCAACCACUGGUGUUUUCAAAAAUGCAACUGCAUUUUCUUUUGUGGGAAAUAAGAAGCUUUGUGGAGGUAUACCAGAAUUGAAGUUGUCACCAUGCAGCAAUAGUAACUCAAAGAAAGGAAAUAUGUCUCAAAGACUCGAGUUUAUUAUUGGAUUACUCUUUGGACUGCUGGGGCUCGUGUUAAUCAUGUCUCUUCUAAUUGUUAAUCGAUUAAGAAGGGUGAAAAGAGAGCCUGCAGUACCUCUAUCGAUCGAGAAGGAUUUGCUUCUAAAAGUCACCUAUGCGAGUCUCCUUAAAGCUACUGAUGGAUUUUCUUCCGAAAAUGUAAUUGGCACAGGCAGCUUUGGCUCUGUUUACAGAGGAAUUCUUGAUCAAAACGAAACCGUUGUUGCAGUGAAAGUACUCUAUUUACAUCAAACAGGAGCUUUAAAGAGCUUCAUGGCUGAAUGUGAAACUUUAAGCAAUGCUCGGCACCGCAAUCUUGUAAAGCUAUUAACUGCUUGCUCAAGUGUUGAUUUUCAAGGAAAUGAAUUCAAGGCUCUGGUCUAUGAGUUCAUGCCUAAUGGGAGUUUGGAGAGUUGGUUGCAUCCAUUUCCAAAUGCAGGUGGAAAUGGUGUGGAAGAUGAUCUGAGGAUUUUAAGUCACCUCCAAAGAGUAAACAUUGCCAUUGAUGUUGCCUCUGCUCUAGAGUAUCUCCACCACCAUUGCCAAACCCCAAUUGUUCACCGUGAUUUAAAGCCCAGUAACAUCCUACUUGACAACGACAUGACUGCUCAUGUCAGUGAUUUCGGGUUAGCAAAUUUCAUUUUAGAAGCCACCGAAAGGUCUCAUCCGAACCAAAGCAGUUCAGCUGGACUGAAGGGAACUAUCGGUUAUGCUGCACCAGGUACCCUUCAUUUCCCUUUUCUACCGUAA